CCAACUCUCUCACUGUCACUCUCGCAGCAACAAACAGUGUAUCGCAUAGCGUGUAGUGUAUGUAUUGGCCACUGGCAUAACACAUACAACGCUGCCACCAGUGAUACAGUAUACCAUCGUAUAUACAACGUAGUGAUGUGUGUGUGUGUGUGCCUACUGCCAGUGGAAUACACAUAGCUGGCAUAUAAUAAUACUGGUAUAGCUGGUGUGUGCUAUAGAUUUUCUAUACAUGUAUAAAUAUGUCUGACAUUGUUGAACAACGCAAACAACAAAAUGCCCGCCACUAUUACACCAUUGACGAACGUUAGCGGGGGUUCGCCACCACAACACCACCACCAUCAACCUUUUCAUAAUAAUCACCAUAGCAACCACGCCCAACAUCAGUUAAUUAAUCACCAUAAUAGUUUAAAUAAUAAUAAUUUAAAUAACUUUACCAAUAGUUUAAAUAUUAAUAUCAACAACAAUAAUAAUAAUAGUAUAAGUGCUGUGGCCAAUAGUGACACCACCAAGGUAGCAAACACGACGGCACCCACAGUGCAACCAGGUGGUGGUCCCGGAGGUCCCGCCCCGACGGCCCCCACCGCCAGUAGUGUUGCCACCGCCGCGGCAGUGGCCGCCGCCCAGCAGUUGUCGCAACAGCAACAGGGACAGUUGACCACGCAGACUGAGAAACCAUUGCACUAUCAGUAUUUAAAGGAGUUCCGGUGCGAACAGUGUCCGCUGUUUCUGCAACACAAGUGCACCCAACACAAGCCGUUCACGUGUUUCUAUUGGCACUUUUGCAAUCAGCGACGGCGGCGACCAAUCAGGAAACGGGACGGCACUUUCAAUUACUCGCCCGAUGUCUACUGUACCAAAUAUGACGAGACCACCGGUGUUUGCCCGGAGGGUGACGAGUGA